AUGACCGCAGAAAAGGAUUUCAGUAGUUCAAGUGGAACACAACACCCAAAGAGACUGGUGUUCGCACCGGGUGAUAUCUCAGGACCGGCUGAUGCCGAACAAGAAACAAACACCAUCAAGUCAGCAGCUACCCACCUCGUCGAUGACAUAGCACGCUCGGGCACAUCGACGCCGUCGUCGGUGAUGCAACAAGAGAUUGUAUCGCAUCCGGCUCGAGCGCAUCAAUUCGUGAUCAACCCCCCCCUGACCAUUGCGCAAUUGCAUCCUACAAACCCAUUACACCAGUUCCACAAGUGGUUUAAAGACCCACGACUACCUCGUUCAUCAGCGCCAGAGACAUGCACGCUGGCGACGGCAUCUCUACCUUCGGGUCGCAUUAGUGCUCGGAUGCUUUACUUCAAAGAGCUGGAUGAACGGGGAUGGGUAAUCUACAGCAAUUGGGGUAGCAAGGAAGGAAAAGGCCAGCAGAUAUUUGGGAGUGGGUUUGCUUCAUCGGCUGACGGAAAUGUGCCUGGCGGCAUUCACGAUUCUGCUGCCCUUAACGAAGGAAACAAGUGGGCAGCGUUGACCUUUUUCUGGUCAACUGUCGAGCGCCAGGUGAGAAUUGAGGGCUUGAUAGAACCGUUGUCCCGCGAAGAGAGUGAGCUAUACUGGCGCACUAGAGAGAGGGGGAGCCAAAUUGGCGCCUGGGCGAGUUGGCAGAGUAAAGUAAUGUGGUCCGCGAGUCCCGAGAGCUUCCCACCUCCGGAUGAAUUGAAGGAUCCGGAUUUCGACGACGGAAGAAAUGAGCUGGAACAGCGCGUCAAGGAUGCGGAAGCUCGGUUUGCGGAUGUUGAGAAUAUUCCUCUACCGCCGUUCUGGGGAGGGAUUCGAGUCGUCCCCGAAUCCGUGGAGUUCUGGCAAGGUCGUGCCAGCCGGCUACAUGAUCGAUUCCGAAAGAUUGUCGCCUUGAUAGAGUAUAAGUCAACUAGUGAAUCGAGCGUGUAA